AUGGAUACGCGCAAUGCGAGUUUUGAUCUAUCUAAAAGUCAAGAUGUGGAUAAUUUACUCAAUUUAUUAGAAAACGGAACAAUAUCGGAUCUCGAAGAAGAGAGUGACGAUGAAAUUGUACAGGCAAUACCACAAAAAAAUGUUCGUGUAGGUAGUAACAUAACGCUAUCAACCGAAAGAGAGAUAGGUAAUCACUCUGAAGAGGAGGACGAUAUAGUAGAGGAAGAAGACUUAGAGGAGGUAGAAUCUAGACCCGGAUCAAGUAGUAAGCCUAAAAAUGAAAUAAUUUGGAGAAAACAUUUACAGCUUGAACCACCACAAUUCAUUUGGUCAGCGCCACCACCAUCUGAAAUUGAUUCACCUCGCGUUCCCAUUGAUUAUUUUUCUAAAUAUAUAUCAGAGUCUCUAAUUGAAGAUUUUACAUUCAAUACAAAUUUGUAUGUGGAUUCAGUUAGAAAACGAUGUCUAGAACUAAAAUUAGAGCAAAUAUUGAGCGUUGAUGAACAGAUUAUACCUUAUCGAGGAAAACUUGAAGUCAAACAAUAUGUCAAAGGAAAACGACAGCCAUGGGGUGUAAAGAUAUUUAUGAUUUGCGUUAAGAGUGGAUUAGUUUAUGAUUUUAUUAUUUAUCAAGGCGCAACUACAAAUCUAGACAAAAAUGACGUUUUGAAAUAUGGCAUAUCUGCUGCUUAUGUAAAUGCCUUGUCAAAGAGAAUAAAUAGGUCUGGUCAUUACCUCUUCUUUGAUAAUUAUUUCUCCAAUUACGUUUUGCUGAAGGAUCUUCGCGAGAGGGAAAUUUAUGCAGGAGGAACGAUCAGAAUAAAUAAUUUUGGAAAACCGCCACUCAUAACUGACAAGGAAGGAUCAAAAAAAGAUAGGGGAUAUAAUGAUCAAGUUACGAAUAAUACUAAAGAUGUGGUUGUUAUCAAGUAG